CAAUAUGAAUUAAUUCACUUUGGACAUUUUUCACCAAGUUGGACAUUUUUCUACGCAAACAUGUGAAUUAGAAAAACAAAAGAGAGAAGAGCAAUUUUGAAGUGAAGUGGCAAAAGCUAUCUCAUUUCAACUUCUCACUAUUCUCGAAGCUUAAAAUUGGAGGGAACAACCAAAACCGUAACGAUUCCCAUGGCGGUUCAGACAAAUCCAUCCAUUGAAGAAGAAGAAGAAGAAGAAGAGCACGAACACGAGCACAAUGGUCCCACACAUCAUCCUUCUCCUCCGUCACACGAGUUUUUUGAUUUAUCAACAACUGUUGAUCCUAGUUAUAUAAUCUCCUUGAUAAGGAAGCUAUUACCUUUGGAUUCCUCCUCGGUUAACCAAGUUGUUUCGGAUGACCCUAACCGAGGAUCGAUUACAGACGAUAAAGAAGAGGAAGCACCAUCUGCAUCAAUUUGUAACAAUGAACACAUCGAGUUAUCUAAGAGUACAUCUGAAAAUAUGGAUGUUGAUGUUUCCUGUGAAUCUUCUCACACGCGAGGAGAAUGUCAGGAUACGGGUGAUGGAGUUGAACGUUUUGGUGCUUCGGUUGGUGAGGAUGCAUGGGAAGAAUAUGGUUGUAUUUUGUGGGAUCUAGCUGCCAGUAAAACACAUGCGGAACUCAUGGUGGAGAAUCUAAUACUCGAAGUUCUUUAUGCAAAUCUCAUUGCUUGCAAAUCCGAGCGUGUUACUGAGAUUAGUAUAGGAAUUAUUGGGAACCUUGCUUGCCAUGAAGUUCCAUUGAAUCAAAUAGUCUCGACAAAAGGACUGAUUGAGAUAAUUGUGGAAAAAUUGUUUCUAGAUGAUCCUCAAUGCCUAUGUGAAACAUGUCGAUUGUUAACCGUGGGCCUUCAAAGUGGUGAGUCUAUUAGAUGGGCUGAGGCAUUGCAAUCCGAACAUAUAUUAUGUCAAAUAUUAUGGAUUGCAGAAAAUACUUUGAACCUUCAGCUUUUAGAGAAGAGUGUAGGGCUUAUAUUAGCUAUAUUAGAAAGUCAGCAGAAAGCUUUGGAUGAGCUUCUUCCACCCAUGCUGAAGCUUGGUUUGGCAAGUAUAUUGAUCAAUCUCUUAACUUUUGAGAUAAGCAAGUUAAAGAGAGAUGAAAGAAUACCUGAAAGGUACUCAGUUCUUGAUUCAAUUCUUCGUGCUAUUGAAGGUCUUUCAGUUAUAGAUGAACAUUCUCAGGAAAUAUGUUCAAAUAAAGAGCUUUUUCAUCUUGUAUGUGACAUGGUUAAGUUUCCAGAUAAAGUUGAGGUCGGGAACUGCUGUGUUACUGCCGCAGUUCUUAUUGCAAAUAUUUUGUCUGAUGUGGCUGACCGUGCUUCCGAAAUAUCACAUGAUUCGUGCCUAUUAGGUGGUCUGAUUGAUAUAUUUCCUUUUGCUUCGGAUGAUUUGGAAGCAAGAAAUGCACUAUGGAACGUGCUUGCUAGAAUAUUUGUCAGAAUACAUGAAACUGAAAUGAACUCAUCAAGUUUAUUCCACCUUGUUUCGGUUCUUGUCAGAAGAAUUGAUCUGAUUGAAGAUGAGCUUCUGAACCAGCAAUGUGUUGACUCCAGUCCUGGUUCAACAGCAGAUCCUAGAAAGACAUCUCUCAUGAGAAUAACCAGCAUUGUGAAUCAGUGGAUUGCUGUAAAGGAGGAUGCUGAGAAUAAUGGGAAUGCUGAAGGUCCUGUCAGUGAGAUAGAUGUAAAAAAGUUGUUGGAUUGUUGUCACAAAUUCUCCAAGUAGAAUUGCUUUAUUAUGUUGUAAAUUACAGUUGUCCAGACCAUCUUUGAAGGUUUGACAUGUACUAUUGUUUAACUUACUCCUGAAGCCUCAGUUAGCUUAGCCGUCAAGAGUUAACAAAUCCCAAUAGAGAGGAAUUAUGAAGUUUAGUGGCUUGAAUGGUCUUGUUUUGUUUGGUUUUAAGAGUAAAACAGGAAGUAUCUUUUCGUUGGCUUGAUCGCUUAAAGCGUGAGAAAAAAUGUGUUCAAAUUACACAGCAAAAAAAUGAUGAGAGAUUGAUUCAA